AUGAUUGUGGAAGUAGAUGGUUCAUCUGUAGAUGAUGUCAUAGUGGAUAAAGUAGACGGAGGAGUAGUAAUUACUGUGGAAGUAGAUGGUUCCGCUGUGGAUGAUGUCAAUGUGGAUAAAGUAGACGCAGGAGUAGUAAUUACUGUAGAAGUAGAUGGUUCCGCUGUGGAUGAUGUCAAUGUGGAUAAAGUAGAUGCAGGAGUGGUAAUGAUUGUGGAAGUAGAUGGUUCAUCUGUAGAUGAUGUCAUAGUGGAUAAAGUAGACGCAGGAGUAGUAAUUACUGUGGAAGUAGAUGGUUCCGCUGUGGAUGAUGUCAAUGUGGAUAAAGUAGACGCAGGAGUAGUAAUUACUGUAGAAGUAGAUGGUUCCGCUGUGGAUGAUGUCAAUGUGGAUAAAGUAGACGCAGGAGUAGUAAUUACUGUAGAAGUAGAUGGUUCCGCUGUGGAUGAUGUCAAUGUGGAUAAAGUAGACGCAGGAGUGGUAAUGAUUGUGGAAGUAGAUGGUUCACCUGUAGAUGAUGUCAUAGUGGAUAAAGUAGACGCAGGAGUAGUAAUUACUGUGGAAGUAGAUGGUUCCGCUGUGGAUGAUGUCAAUGUGGAUAAAGUAGACGCAGGAGUGGUAAUGAUUGUGGAAGUAGAUGGUUCAUCUGUAGAUGAUGUCAUAGUGGAUAAAGUAGACGCAGGAGUAGUAAUUACUGUGGAAGUAGAUGGUUCCGCUGUGGAUGAUGUCAAUGUGGAUAGAGUAGACGCAGGAGUAGUAAUUACUGUAGAAGUAGAUGGUUCCGCUGUGGAUGAUGUCAAUGUGGAUAAAGUAGAUGCAGGAGUGGUAAUGAUUGUGGAAGUAGAUGGUUCAUCUGUAGAUGAUGUCAUAGUGGAUAAAGUAGACGGAGGAGUAGUAAUUACUGUAGAAGUAGAUGGUUCCGCUGUGGAUGAUGUCAAUGUGGAUAAAGUAGACGCAGGAGUAGUAAUUACUGUGGAAGUAGAUGGUUCCGCUGUGGAUGAUGUCAAUGUGGAUAAAGUAGACGCAGGAGUAGUAAUUACUGUGGAAGUAGAUGGUUCCGCUGUGGAUGAUGUCAAUGUGGAUAGAGUAGACGCAGGAGUAGUAAUUACUGUAGAAGUAGAUGGUUCCGCUGUGGAUGAUGUCAAUGUGGAUAAAGUAGAUGCAGGAGUAGUAAUUACUGUGGAAGUAGAUGGUUCCGCUGUGGAUGAUGUCAAUGUGGAUAAAGUAGACGCAGGAGUAGUAAUUACUGUGGAAGUAGAUGGUUCCGCUGUGGAUGAUGUCAAUGUGGAUAGAGUAGACGCAGGAGUAGUAAUUACUGUGGAAGUAGAUGAAGUAGAUGGUUCCGCUGUGGAUGAUGUCAAUGUGGAUAAAGUAGAUGCAGGAGUAGUAAUUACUGUGGAAGUAGAUGGUUCCGCUGUGGAUGAUGUCAAUGUGGAUAAAGUAGACGCAGGAGUAGUAAUUACUGUGGAAGUAGAUGGUUCCGCUGUGGAUGAUGUCAAUGUGGAUAGAGUAGACGCAGGAGUAGUAAUUACUGUAGAAGUAGAUGGUUCCGCUGUGGAUGAUGUCAAUGUGGAUAAAGUAGAUGCAGGAGUAGUAAUUACUGUGGAAGUAGAUGGUUCCGCUGUGGAUGAUGUCAAUGUGGAUAAAGUAGACGCAGGAGUAGUAAUUACUGUGGAAGUAGAUGGUUCCGCUGUGGAUGAUGUCAAUGUGGAUAGAGUAGACGCAGGAGUAGUAAUUAGUGUGGAAGUAGAUGGUUCCGCUGUGGAUGAUGUCAAUGUGGAUAGAGUAGACGAAGGAGUAGUAAUUACUGUAGAAGUAGAUGGUUCCGCUGUGGAUGAUGUCAUAGUGGAUAAAGUAGACGCAGGAGUAGUAAUUACUGUGGAAGUAGAUGGUUCCGCUGUGGAUGAUGUCAAUGUGGAUAAAGUAGACGCAGGAGUAGUAAUUACUGUGGAAGUAGAUGGUUCCGCUGUGGAUGAUGUCAAUGUGGAUAGAGUAGACGCAGGAGUAGUAAUUACUGUAGAAGUAGAUGGUUCCGCUGUGGAUGAUGUCAAUGUGGAUAAAGUAGAUGCAGGAGUGGUAAUGAUUGUGGAAGUAGAUGGUUCAUCUGUAGAUGAUGUCAUAGUGGAUAAAGUAGACGGAGGAGUUGUAAUUACUGUAGAAGUAGAUGGUUCCGCUGUGGAUGAUGUCAAUGUGGAUAAAGGAGACGCAGGAGUAGUAAUUACUGUAGAAGUAGAUGGUUCAUCUGUAGACGAUGUCAAUGUGGAUAAAGUAGACGCAGGAGUGGUAAUGAUUGUGGAAGUAGAUGGUUCAUCUGUAGAUGAUGUCAUAGUGGAUAAAGUAGACGCAGGAGUAGUAAUUACUGUGGAAGUAGAUGGUUCCGCUGUGGAUGAUGUCAAUGUGGAUAGAGUAGACGCAGGAGUAGUAAUUACUGUCGAAGUAGAUGGUUCCGCUGUGGAUGAUGUCAAUGUCGAGAAAGUAGACGCAGGAGUGGUAAUGAUUGUGAAAGUAGAUGGUUCAUCUGUAGAUGAUGUCAUAGUGGAUAAAGUAGACGGAGGAGUAGUAAUUACUGUGGAAGUAGAUGGUUCCGCUGUGGAUGAUGUCAAUGUCGAUAAAGUAGACGCAGGAGUAGUAAUUACUGUAGAAGUAGAUGGUUCCGCUGUGGAUGAUGUCAAUGUGGAUAAAGUAGAUGCAGGAGUGGUAAUGAUUGUGGAAGUAGAUGGUUCAUCUGUAGAUGAUGUCAUAGUGGAUAAAGUAGACGCAGGAGUAGUAAUUACUGUAGAAGUAGAUGGUUCAUCUGUAGAUGAUGUCAAUGUGGAUAAAGUAGACGCAGGAGUGGUAAUGAUUGUGGAAGUAGAUGGUUCAUCUGUAGAUGAUGUCAUAGUGGAUAAAGUAGACGCAGGAGUAGUAAUUACUGUGGAAGUAGAUGGUUCCGCUGUGGAUGAUGUCAGUGUGGAUAGAGUAGACGCAGGAGUAGUAAUUACUGUGGAAGUAGAUGGUUCCGCUGUGGAUGAUGUCAAUGUCGAUAAAGUAGACGCAGGAGUGGUAAUGAUUGUGAAAGUAGAUGGUUCCUCUGUAGACGUUGUCAUAGUGGAUAAAGUAGACGCAGGAGUAGUAAUUACUGUGGCAGUAGAUGGUUCCGCUGUGGAUGAUGUCAAUGUGGAUAAAGUAGACGCAGGAGUGGUAAUGAUUGUGGAAGUAGAUGGUUCAUCUGUAGAUGAUGUCAUAGUGGAUAAAGUAGACGCAGGAGUAGUAAUUACUGUGGAAGUAGAUGGUUCCGCUGUCAAUGAUGUCAAUGUGGAUAGAGUAGACGCAGGAGUAGUAAUUACUGUGGAAGUAGAUGGUUCCGCUGUGGAUGAUGUCAAUGUCGAUAAAGUAGACGCAGGAGUAGUAACUACUGUGGAAGUAGAUGGUUCCGCUGUGGAUGAUGUCAAUGUGGAUAAAGUAGACGCAGGAGUGGUAAUGAUUGUGGAAGUAGAUGGUUCCGCUGUGGAUGAUGUCAAUGUCGAUAAAGUAGACGCAGGAGUGGUAAUGAUUGUGAAAGUAGAUGGUUCCUCUGUAGACGUUGUCAUAGUGGAUAAAGUAGACGCAGGAGUAGUAAUUACUGUGGCAGUAGAUGGUUCCGCUGUGGAUGAUGUCAAUGUGGAUAAAGUAGACGCAGGAGUGGUAAUGAUUGUGGAAGUAGAUGGUUCCGCUGUGGAUGAUGUUAAUGUGGAUAAAGUAGACGCAGGAGUGGUAAUGAUUGUGGAAGUAGAUGGUUCAUCUGUAGAUGAUGUCAUAGUGGAUAAAGUAGACGGAGGAGUAGUUAUUACUGUGGAAGUAGAUGGUUCCGCUGUGGAUGAUGUCAAUGUCGAUAAAGUAGACGCAGGAGUAGUAAUUACUGUGGAAGUAGAUGGUUCCGCUGUGGAUGAUGUCAAUGUGGAUAAAGUAGACGCAGGAGUAGUAAUAACUUUGGAAGUAGAUGGUUCCGCUGUGGAUGAUGUAAAUGUCGAUAAAGUAGACGCAGGAGUACUAAUUACUGUGGAAGUAGAUGGUUCCGCUGUAGAUGAUGUCAUAGUGGAUAAAGUGGACGGAGGAGUAGUAAUUACUGUGGAAGUAGAUGGUUCGGCUGUGGAUGAUGUCAAUGUCGAUAAAGUAGACGCAGGAGUAGUAUUUACUGUGGAAGUAGAUGGUUCCGCUGUGGAUGAUGUUAAUGUGGAUAAGGUAGACGCAGGAGUGGUAAUGAUUGUGGAAGUAGAUGGUUCAUCUGUAGAUGAUGUCAUAGUGGAUAAAGUAGACGGAGGAGUAGUUAUUACUGUGGAAGUAGAUGGUUCCGCUGUGGAUGAUGUCAAUGUAGAUAAAGUAGAGGCAGGAGUAGUAUUUACUGUGGAAGUAGAUGGUUCCGCUGUGGAUGAUGUCAAUGUGGGUAAAGUAGAUGCAGGAGUGGUAAUGAUUGUGGAAGUAGAUGGUUCAUCUGUAGAUGAUGUCAUAGUGGAUAAAGUAGAAGCAGGAGUAGUAAUUACUGUGGAAGUAGAUGUAGAUGGUUCCGCUGUGGAUGAUGUCAAUGUGGAUAAAGUAGACGCAGGAGUAGUAAUUACUGUGGAAGUAGAUGGUUCCGCUGUGGAUGAUGUCAAUGUGGAUAAAGUAGACGCAGGAGUAGUAAUUACUGUGGAAGUAGAUGGUUCCGCUGUGGAUGAUGUCAAUGUCGAUAAAGUAGACGCAGGAGUAGUAAUUACUGUGGAAGUAGAUGGUUCCGCUGUGGAUGAUGUCAAUGUGGAUAAAGUAGACGCAGGAGUAGUAAUUACUGUGGAAGUAGAUGGUUCCGCUGUGGAUGAUGUCAAUGUGGGUAAAGUAGAUGCAGGAGUGGUAAUGAUUGUGGAAGUAGAUGGUUCAUCUGUAGAUGAUGUCAUAGUGGAUAAAGUAGACGCAGGAGUAAUAAUUACUGUGGAAGUAGAUGGUUCCGCUGUGGAUGAUGUCAAUGUGGAUAAAGUAGACGCAGGAGUAGUAAUUACUGUGGAAGUAGAUGGUUCUGCUGUGGAUGAUGUCAAUGUCGAUAAAGUAGACGCAGGAGUAGUAACUACUGUGGAAGUAGAUGGUUCCGCUGUGGAUGAUGUCAAUGUGGAUAAAGUAGACGCAGGAGUAGUAAUUACUGUGGCAGUAGAUGGUUCCGCUGUGGAUGAUGUCAAUGUGGAUAAAGUAGACGCAGGACUAGUAAUUACUGUGGAAGUAGAUGGUUCCGCUGUGGAUGAUGUCAAUGUGGAUAAAGUAGACGCAGGAGUGGUAAUCAUUGUGGAAGUAGAUGGUUCAUCUGUAGAUGAUGUCAUAGUGGAUAAAGUAGACGGAGGAGUAGUAAUUACUGUGGAAGUAGAUGGUUUCGCUGUGGAUGAUGUCAAUGUGGAUAAAGUAGACGCAGGAGUAGUAAUUACUGUGAAAGUAGAUGGUUCAUCUGUAGAUGAUGUCAUUGUGGAUAAAGUAGACGGAGGAGUAGUAAUUACUGUGGAAGUAGAUGGUUCCGCUGUUGAUGAUGUCAAUGUGGAUAAAGUAGACGGAGAAUUAGUAAUUCUUGUGGAAGUAGAUGGUUCAUCUGUAGAUGAUGUCAUAGUGGAUAAAGUAGACGCAGGAGUGGUAAUUACUGUGGAAGUAGAUGGUUCCGCUGUGGAUGAUGUCAAUGUGGGUAAAGUAGACGCAGGAGUAGUAAUUACUGUGGAAGUAGAUGGUUCCGCUGUGGAUGAUGUCAAUGUCGAUAAAGUAGACGCAGGAGUAGUAAUUACUGUGGAAGUAUAUGGUUCCACUGUGGAUGAUGUCAAUGUGGAUAAAGUAGACGCAGGAGUGGUAAUCAUUGUGGAAGUAGAUGGUUCAUCUGUAGAUGAUGUCAUUGUGGAUAAAGUAGACGGAGGAGUAGUAAUUUCUGUGGAAGUAGAUGGUUCCGCUGUGGAUGAUGUCAAUGUGGAUAAAGUAGACGCAGGAGUAGUAAUUACUGUGGAAGUAGAUGGUUCCGCUGUGGAUGAUGUCAAUGUCGAUAAAGUAGACGCAGGAGUAGUAAUUACUGUGGAAGUAGAUGGUUCCGCUGUGGAUGAUGUCAAUGUGGAUAAAGUAGACGCAGGAGUAGUAAUUACUGUGGAAGUAGAUGGUUCCGCUGUGGAUGAUGUCAAUGUCGAUAAAGUAGACGCAGGAGUAGUAAUUACUGUGGAAGUAGAUGGUUUCGCUGUGGAUGAUGUCAAUGUGGAUAAAGUAGACGCAGGAGUAGUAAUUACUGUGGAAGUAGAUGGUUCCGCUGUGGAUGAUGUCAAUGUGGAUAAAGUAGACGCAGGAGUAGUAAUUACUGUGGAAGUAGAUGGUUUCGCUGUGGAUGAUGUCAAUGUGGAUAAAGUAGACGCAGGAGUAGUAAUUACUGUGGAAGUAGAUGGUUCCGCUGUGGAUGAUGUCAAUGUGGAUAAAGUAGACGCAGGAGUAGUAAUUACUGUGGAAGUAGAUGGUUCCGCUGUGGAUGAUGUCAAUGUGGAUAAAGUAGACGCAGGAGUAGUAAUUACUGUGGAAGUAGAUGGUUCCGCUGUAGAUGAUGUCAAUGUGGAUAAAGUAGACGCAGGAGUAGUAAUUACUGUGGAAGUAGAUGGUUCCGCUGUGGAUGAUGUCAAUGUGGAUAAAGUAGACGCAGGAGUAGUAAUUACUGUGGAAGUAGAUGGUUCCGCUGUGGAUGAUGUCAAUGUGGAUAAAGUAGACGCAGGAGUAGUAAUUACUGUGGAAGUAGAUGUAGAUGGUUCCGCUGUGGAUGAUGUCAAUGUGGAUAAAGUAGACGCAGGAGUAGUAAUUACUGUGGAAGUAGAUGGUUCCGCUGUGGAUGAUGUCAAUGUGGAUAAAGUAGACGCAGGAGUAGUAAUUACUGUGGAAGUAGAUGGUUCCGCUGUGGAUGAUGUCAAUGUGGAUAAAGUAGACGCAGGAGUAGUAAUUACUGUGGAAGUAGAUGGUUCCGCUGUAGAUGAUGUCAAUGUGGAUAAAGUAGACGCAGGAGUAGUAAUUACUGUGGAAGUAGAUGGUUCCGCUGUGGAUGAUGUCAAUGUGGAUAAAGUAGACGCAGGAGUAGUAAUUACUGUGGAAGUAGAUGGUUCCGCUGUGGAUGAUGUCAAUGUGGAUAAAGUAGACGCAGGAGUAGUAAUUACUGUGGAAGUAGAUGGUUCCGCUGUGGAUGAUGUCAAUGUGGAUAAAGUAGACGCAGGAGUAGUAAUUACUGUGGAAGUAGAUGGUUCCGCUGUGGAUGAUGUCAAUGUGGAUAAAGUAGACGCAGGAGUAGUAAUUACUGUGGAAGUAGAUGGUUCCGCUGUGGAUGAUGUCAAUGUGGAUAAAGUAGACGCAGGAGUAGUAAUUACUGUGGAAGUAGAUGGUUUCGCUGUGGAUGAUGUCAAUGUGGAUAAAGUAGACGCAGGAGUAGUAAUUACUGUGGAAGUAGAUGGUUCCGCUGUGGAUGAUGUCAAUGUGGAUAAAGUAGACGCAGGAGUAGUAAUUACUGUGGAAGUAGAUGGUUCCGCUGUGGAUGAUGUCAAUGUGGAUAAAGUAGACGCAGGAGUAGUAAUUACUGUGGAAGUAGAUGGUUCCGCUGUGGAUGAUGUCAAUGUGGAUAAAGUAGACGCAGGAGUAGUAAUUACUGUGGAAGUAGAUGGUUUCGCUGUGGAUGAUGUCAAUGUGGAUAAAGUAGACGCAGGAGUAGUAAUUACUGUGGAAGUAGAUGGUUCCGCUGUGGAUGAUGUCAAUGUGGAUAAAGUAGACGCAGGAGUAGUAAUUACUGUGGAAGUAGAUGGUUUCGCUGUGGAUGAUGUCAAUGUGGAUAAAGUAGACGCAGGAGUAGUAAUUACUGUGGAAGUAGAUGGUUCCGCUGUGGAUGAUGUCAAUGUGGAUAAAGUAGACGCAGGAGUAGUAAUUACUGUGGAAGUAGAUGGUUCCGCUGUGGAUGAUGUCAAUGUGGAUAAAGUAGACGCAGGAGUAGUAAUUACUGUGGAAGUAGAUGGUUCCGCUGUGGAUGAUGUCAAUGUCGAUAAAGUAGACGCAGGAGUAGUAAUUACUGUGGAAGUAGAUGGUUCCGCUGUGGAUGAUGUCAAUGUGGAUAAAGUAGACGCAGGAGUAGUAAUUACUGUGGAAGUAGAUGUAGAUGGUUCAUCUGUAGAUGAUGUCAUAGUGGAUAAAGUAGACGCAGGAGUAGUAAUUACUGUGGAAGUAGAUGGUUCCGCUGUGGAUGAUGUCAAUGUGGAUAAAGUAGACGCAGGAGUAGUAAUUACUGUGGAAGUAGAUGGUUCUGCUGUGGAUGAUGUCAAUGUCGAUAAAGUAGACGCAGGAGUAGUAACUACUGUGGAAGUAGAUGGUUCCGCUGUGGAUGAUGUCAAUGUGGAUAAAGUAGACGCAGGAGUAGUAAUUACUGUGGCAGUAGAUGGUUCCGCUGUGGAUGAUGUCAAUGUGGAUAAAGUAGACGCAGGACUAGUAAUUACUGUGGAAGUAGAUGGUUCCGCUGUGGAUGAUGUCAAUGUGGAUAAAGUAGACGCAGGAGUGGUAAUCAUUGUGGAAGUAGAUGGUUCAUCUGUAGAUGAUGUCAUAGUGGAUAAAGUAGACGGAGGAGUAGUAAUUACUGUGGAAGUAGAUGGUUCCGCUGUGGAUGAUGUCAAUGUGGAUAAAGUAGACGCAGGAGUAGUAAUUACUGUGAAAGUAGAUGGUUCAUCUGUAGAUGAUGUCAUUGUGGAUAAAGUAGACGGAGGAGUAGUAAUUACUGUGGAAGUAGAUGGUUCCGCUGUUGAUGAUGUCAAUGUGGAUAAAGUAGACGGAGAAUUAGUAAUUCUUGUGGAAGUAGAUGGUUCAUCUGUAGAUGAUGUCAUAGUGGAUAAAGUAGACGCAGGAGUAGUAAUUACUGUGGAAGUAGAUGGUUCCGCUGUGGAUGAUGUCAAUGUGGAUAAAGUAGACGCAGGAGUAGUAAUUACUGUGGAAGUAGAUGGUUCCGCUGUGGAUGAUGUCAAUGUCGAUAAAGUAGACGCAGGAGUAGUAAUUACUGUGGAAGUAUAUGGUUCCACUGUGGAUGAUGUCAAUGUGGAUAAAGUAGACGCAGGAGUGGUAAUCAUUGUGGAAGUAGAUGGUUCAUCUGUAGAUGAUGUCAUUGUGGAUAAAGUAGACGGAGGAGUAGUAAUUACUGUGGAAGUAGAUGGUUCCGCUGUGGAUGAUGUCAAUGUGGAUAAAGUAGACGCAGGAGUAGUAAUUACUGUGGAAGUAGAUGGUUCCGCUGUGGAUGAUGUCAAUGUGGAUAAAGUAGACGGAGGAGUAGUAAUUUCUGUGGAAGUAGAUGGUUCCGCUGUGGAUGAUGUCAAUGUGGAUAAAGUAGACGCAGGAGUAGUAAUUACUGUGGAAGUAGAUAAUUCCGCUGUGGAUGAUGUCAAUGUGGAUAAAGUAGACGGAGGAGUAGUAAUUACUGUGGAAGUAGAUGUAGAUGGUUCCGCUGUGGAUGAUGUCAAUGUGGAUAAAGUAGACGCAGGAGUAGUAAUUACUGUGGAAGUAGAUGGUUCCGCUGUAGAUGAUGUCAAUGUGGAUAAAGUAGACGCAGGAGUAGUAAUUACUGUGGAAGUAGAUGGUUCCGCUGUGGAUGAUGUCAAUGUGGAUAAAGUAGACGCAGGAGUAGUAAUUACUGUGGAAGUAGAUGGUUCCGCUGUGGAUGAUGUCAAUGUGGAUAAAGUAGACGCAGGAGUAGUAAUUACUGUGGAAGUAGAUGGUUCCGCUGUGGAUGAUGUCAAUGUGGAUAAAGUAGACGGAGGAGUAGUAAUUACUGUGGAAGUAGAUGGUUCCGCUGUGGAUGAUGUCAAUGUGGAUAAAGUAGACGCAGGAGUAGUAAUUACUGUGGAAGUAGAUGGUUUCGCUGUGGAUGAUGUCAAUGUGGAUAAAGUAGACGCAGGAGUAGUAAUUACUGUGGAAGUAGAUGGUUUCGCUGUGGAUGAUGUCAAUGUGGAUAAAGUAGACGCAGGAGUAGUAAUUACUGUGGAAGUAGAUGGUUCCGCUGUAGAUGAUGUCAAUGUGGAUAAAGUAGACGCAGGAGUAGUAAUUACUGUGGAAGUAGAUGGUUCCGCUGUGGAUGAUGUCAAUGUGGAUAAAGUAGACGAAGGAGUAGUAAUUACUGUGGAAGUAGAUGGUUCCACUGUGGAUGAUGUCAAUGUGGAUAAAGUAGACGCAGGAGUGGUAAUCAUUGUGGAGGUAGAUGGUUCAUCUGUAGAUGAUGUCAUUGUGGAUAAAGUAGACGGAGGAGUAGUAAUUACUGUGGAAGUAAAUGGUUCCGAUGUGGAUGAUGUCAAUGUGGAUAAAGUAGACGCAGGAGUAGUAAUUACUGUGGAAGUAGAUGGUUCCGCUGUGGAUGAUGUCAAUGUGGAUAAAGUAGACGGAGGAGUAGUAAUUACUGUGGAAGUAGAUGGUUCCGCUGUGGAUGAUGUCAAUGUGGAUAAAGUAGACGCAGGAGUAGUAAUUACUGUGGAAGUAGAUGGUUCAUCUGUAGAUGAUGUCAUUGUGGAUAAAGUAGACGGAGGAGUAGUAAUUACUGUGGAAGUAGAUGGUUCCGCUGUGGAUGAUGUCAAUGUGGAUAAAGUAGACGCAGGAGUAGUAAUUACUGUGGAAGUAGAUGGUUCCGCUGUGGAUGAUGUCAAUGUGGAUAAAGUAGACGCAGGAGUAGUAAUUACUGUGGAAGUAGAUGGUUCCGCUGUGGAUGAUGUCAAUGUGGAUAAAGUAGACGCAGGAGUAGUAAUUACUGUGGAAGUAGAUGGUUCCGCUGUGGAUGAUGUCAAUGUGGAUAAAGUAGACGCAGGAGUAGUAAUUACUGUGGAAGUAGAUGGUUCCGCUGUGGAUAAUGUCAAUGUGGAUAAAGUAGACGCAGGAGUAGUAAUUACUGUGGAAGUAGAUGGUUCCGCUGUGGAUGACGUCAAUGUCGAUAAAGUAGACGCAGGAGUAGUAACUACUGUGGAAGUAGAUGGUUCCGCUGUGGAUGAUGUCAAUGUGGAUAAAGUAGACGCAGGAGUAGUAAUUACUGUGACAGUAGAUGGUUCCGCUGUGGAUGAUGUCAAUGUGGAUAAAGUAGACGCAGGAGUAGUAAUUACUGUGGAAGUAGAUGGUUCCGCUGUGGAUGAUGUCAAUGUCGAUAAAGUAGACGCAGGAGUAGUAAUUACUGUGGAAGUAGAUGGUUCAGCUGUGGAUGAUGUCAAUGUGGAUAAAGUAGACGCAGGAGUAGUAAUUACUGUGGAAGUAGAUGGUUCCGCUGUGGAUGAUGUCAAUGUGGAUAAAGUAGACGCAGGAGUAGUAAUUACUGUGGAAGUAGAUGGUUCCGCUGUGGAUGAUGUCAAUGUGGAUAAAGUAGACGCAGGAGUAGUAAUUACUGUGGAAGUAGAUGGUUCCGCUGUGGAUGAUGUCAAUGUGGAUAAAGUAGACGCAGGAGUAGUAAUUACUGUGGAAGUAGAUGGUUCCGCUGUGGAUGAUGUCAAUGUCGAUAAAGUAGACGCAGGAGUAGUAAUUACUGUGGAAGUAGAUGGUUUCGCUGUGGAUGAUGUAAAUGUGGAUAAAGUAGACGCAGGAGUAGUGAUUACUGUGGAAGUAGAUGGUUCAUCUGUAGAUGAUGUCAUUGUGGAUAAAGUAGACGGAGGAGUAGUAAUUUCUGUGGAAGUAGAUGGUUCCGCUGUGGAUGAGGUCAAUGUCGAUAAAGUAGACGCUGGAGUAGUAAUUACUGUGGCAGUAGAUGGUUCUGCUGUGGAUGAUGUCAAUGUGGAUAAUGCUGUAGAGGAGGUUAUUGUGGAUGAGGAAGGUUCAGCCGUAGAUGGAGUUAUUGGGGAUGAAGAUGAUUCUGCUGUAGAGGAGGUUAUUGUGGAUGAAGAGGUUUCAGCCGUAGAUGGAGUUAUCGGGGACGGAGAUGGUUCUGCUGUAGAGGAGGGUAUAGUAGUUGAGGAGGUUUCAGCCGUAGAUAAAGUUAUUGGAGACGAAGAUGAUUCUGCUGUAGAGGAGGUUAUUGUGGAUGAAGAGGGUUCAGCCGUUGAUGGAGGUAUUGGGGACGAAGAUGGUUCUGCUGUAGAGGAGGUUAUAGUAGUUGCGGAGGGUUCAGCCGUAGAUAAAGUUAUUGGAGACGAAGAUGAUUCUGCUGUAGAGGAGGUUAUUGUGGAUGAAGAGGGUUCAGCCGUAGUUGGAGUUAUUGGAGACGAAGAUGAUUCUGCUGUAGAGGAGGUUAUAGUAGUUGAGGAGGGUUCAGCCGUAGAUGAAGAUAUUGGAGACGAAGAUGGUUCUGCUGUAGAGGAGGUUAUAGUAGUUGAGGAGGGUUCAGACGUAGAUAAAGUUAUUGGAGACGAAGAUGAUUCUGCUGUAGAGGAGGUUAUUGUGGCUGAAGAGGGUUCAGCCGUAGAUGCAGGUAUUGGGGACGAAGAUGGUUCUGCUGUAGAGGAGGUUAUAGUAGUUGAAGUGGGUUCAGCCGUAGAUGGAGUUAUUGGGGACGGAGAUGGUUCUGCUGUAGAGGAGGUUAUAGUAGUUGAGGAGGGUUCAGCCGUAGAUGAAGAUAUUGGAGACGAAGAUGAUUCUGCUGUAGCGGAGGUUAUUGUGGAUGAGGAAGGUUCAGCCGUAGAUGUAGUUAUUGGGGACGAAGAUGGUUCUGCUGUAGAGGAGGUUAUUGUGGAUGAAGAGGGUUCAGCAGUAGAUGGAGUUAUUGGGGACGGAGAUGGUUCUGCUGUAGAGGAGGUUAUAGUAGUUGAGGAGGUUUCAGCCGUAGAUAAAGUUAUUGGAGACGAAGAUGAUUCUGCUGUAGAGGAGGUUAUUGUGGAUGAGGAAGGUUCAGCCGUAGAUGGAGUUAUUGGGGAUGAAGAUGAUUCUGCUGUAGAGGAGGUUAUUGUGGAUGAAGAGGGUUCAGCCGUAGAUGGAGUUAUUGGGGACGAAGAUGGUUCUGCUGUAGAGGAGGUUAUAGUAGUUGAGGAGGGUUCAGCCGUAGAUAAAGUUAUUGGAGACGAAGAUGAUUCUGCUGUAGAGGAGGUUAUUGUGGAUGACGAGGGUUCAGCCGUUGAUGGAGGUAUUGGGGACGAAGAUGAUUCUGCUGUAGAGGAGGUUAUAGUAGUUGAAGUGGGUUCAGCCGUAGAUGGAGUUAUUGGGGACGGAGAUGGCUCUGCUGUAGAGGAAGUUAUAGUAGAGGUUAUUUUGGAUGAGGAAGGUUCAGCCGUAGAUGGAGUUAUUGGGGACGAAGAUGAUUCUGCUGUAGAGGAGGUUAUUGUGGAUGAAGAGGGUUCAGCCGUAGAUGAAGUUAUUGGGGACGGAGAUGGUUCAUCUGUAGAUGAUGUCAGUGUGAAUAAAGUAGAUGAAGGAGUAGUAAUAUUUGUGGAAGUAGAUGUUUCAUCUGUAGGUGAUGUCAAUGUGGAUAAAGUAGAUGAAGGGAUAGUAAUAGUUGUAGAAUUAGAUGUUUCAUCUGUAGGUGAUGUCAAUGUGGAUAAAGUAGAUGAAGGGGUAGUAAUAGUUGUAGAAUUAGAUGUUUCAUCUGUAGGUGAUGUCAGUGUGGAUAAAGUAGAUGAAGUAGUGCUAUUUGUUGGAUUAGUAGAUGGUUCAUCCGUAGAUGAUGUAAAUGUGGAUAAAGUAGAAGCAGCUGUAGGUUUUAGCGUGGAAGUGGAUAUAGAAUGUAUUGUACUUAAUGUACUACUGUGUGGAAUAUAUGUAGCAGAAGUAGUCCAGGUGGAAGACGGUUCGGUUUUGGUUGAAUCCGUAGUGCUAGAUGUGAUUUGA